CAACACCCCGUGCGUGUGUUUCCCGCGAACAGCUAGCGCUCGCGCCGUGACGCUCGCUAGCUGUAUGCUAGUUCGUGCAGGAAGGUUCAGGACUCUGUCGUUAGGGUUAUCUUAAAAAUAAUACAGCGAAACAGACUUUCAACAUGGCGAAGCAAAGCUCGCUUUUUAAUUUCUUCACCAAGUCUCCGCCGCUGGUCUCCAAACCGAAACCGAGUCCCUCUCCGACCGAGGCAGACCUGCCCUCGUCUGUGGAGAAGUCCAACUCCUCUCCGAAGGAGCAAGCUAAGCAGACUCCGCAGCAGCCGAAGGACACCAACAAAGCCAAACAGAAAAGUAAGUCCAAGGCUGCGAGCGGAGGACUCAAGAAACUAUUUGGCGACAAGGCCCAAACAACCAAAGACAGCAGCCCUCCAUGCUUAUUCAGUGCUGGUGCCCUUGUGUGGGCAAAACUGGAAGGACACCCCUGGUGGCCAUGCAUGGUGGUACCCCAGCCUCUGACUGGGCAGCAGAUGCGGGGCCGUGGCCGGGACCAGCGCAUACAUGUUCAUUUCUUUGAUGAACCUCCAACGAGAGGCUGGGUCAGCUCUAAAUAUAUCAGAGAGUACCAAGGCUCUGACAGUAGUGAUGCCAAAACUGGAGGGGUCUUCUUCAGUAGCAAACCUGUAAUCCAUCGCGCAAUGGAGCUGGCUGAUGGAGUUAUGUUUGACAGCCCAGAAAAAAGAUUAAAGAUCCCUCUCUGCAGGGACCCAUCUGAUGAUGAAGAGGAGGAGGAUGAAGAAAUGGAGCUUGACAGCUCAGUAGUGACUGAUGAAGAGGUCAGUGAUAAUGAUGCAAACAAAAAUGAAGACGUGAAGCCAUCCAAAGUCAGUGUACGCUCAUCCCGCGCUUCAAAAGAAAAAGGAAGCAAACCUAAGCGUCGUCGCAUAAUUGUAGCCUCAGACAGUGACGGAUCAGACGAGGAGUUCAAACCAGAACAUGCUGCUUCUAGCAGUGAGGAUGAGGAGGAAGAAGGGGAGGCAAGUAGCGAGGAGGAAGAAGCGAGCACCCAAGAGUCAGAGGUAGAAAGCCCCAUCAAGCCUGCCAAGCGCAAACGUCCUGCAGAAAAGUCUGCUAAAAUAAAAACAAAGACACCCAUUGCCUCGUCUGUUGCGCCUAAACGAGCUCCGGCAGCAGUCACGGCUGACACAAAAUCUCGUUUGUCAGCCUUCUCUGCUCCCGAGAGCUUUGAGAGCCAGGCAAAUGGAUCAGGCUCCACUGGAGGUGCAACAGUUUGGGAUCAUGAGAAGCUGGAAUGGUUGCAGGACGGCAAAAGAAAAGAUGGCAAAAGGCGGCGACAGACAGAUGAUGACUAUGAUCCUAGCUCCUUGUAUGUGCCAGAAGACUUUCUAAACAAAGUCACUCCUGGUAUGCGUCGGUGGUGGCAGCUCAAAUCUGAGAUGUUCAAUACAGUGAUUUUCUACAAGGUGGGCAAGUUUUAUGAGCUGUACCAUAUGGAUGCUGUGAUUGGAGUCAAUGAGUUGGGACUGACAUUCAUGAAGGGGACUUGGGCACACUCUGGUUUUCCAGAGAUUGGCUUUGGACGUUUCUCAGAUGUUCUGGUCCAGAAAGGCUACAAGGUGGCUCGUGUGGAGCAGACGGAGACCCCAGAGAUGAUGGAGGCACGCUGUAAGACAUUGGUCAAGCCCACUAAAUUUGACCGUGUAGUGAGAAGAGAAGUGUGCAGGAUUAUCACACGUGGUACCCAAACCUACAGCGUGUUGGAUGGUGCUCCCUCAGAGAGUCAGAGCAAGUUCCUCCUGAGUUUAAAGGAAAAGGCUGAAGAGGAAAGCUCUGGUCGUUGCCGCACAUAUGGAGUCUGCUUCGUAGAUACAUCUGUGGGUUAUUUUCACAUCGGUCAGUUUUCAGACGAUCGUCACUGCUCACGCCUACGUACGCUCGUAGCACACUAUGCCCCCGCUGAGGUGCUCUUUGAGAAGGGGAACCCAUCUGUUGAAACUCGCAAAAUGCUCAAAGCCUCUCUGUCCUCUGCUCUGCAGGAAGGACUUAAUGCAGGAACACAGUUCUGGGAUGCUCAAAAGACUCUGAAAACCCUUUCAGAAGAAGAUUAUUUUAAAGAGAAUGCUGGCAAAGAACAGGGAACUGGGAGCAGCUUUCUCCCUGCUCUUCUAAAACAGAUGACCUCUGAGAGUGAUUCGCUGUGCCUUACUCCUAAGGAGGGCUAUGAACUAGCACUGUCAGCUUUGGGUGGAUGCAUAUUCUACCUGAAGAAAUGUCUGGUGGACCUAGAGCUGCUCUCCAUGGCCAACUUUGAGGAAUAUGUUCCCGUUGAUGUUGAGAUGGAGAAAGCAGCCGGCCCUGCCAGUUUCUUCGCCAAGACUCGUCAGCGUAUGGUGAUAGAUGGAGUGACUCUGGCAAACUUGGAAAUCUUUCAGAAUGGGUCAGGAGGAACAGAAGGAACACUGCUGGAGCGUUUGGACACCUGCUCUACUCCGUUUGGAAAGAGGCUUCUGAAACAGUGGCUGUGUGCUCCUCUGUGUAAUCCCACAUCCAUCAGGGACAGACUGGAUGCAGCGGAGGACCUGAUGGGAGCUCAGGCCCAGGCUACUGAGGUAUCAGACCUGCUGAAAAAGCUUCCAGAUCUGGAGCGGCUGCUGAGUAAAAUCCACAGUAUUGGCACACCUCUGAAGAGCCAGGACCACCCUGACAGCAGAGCAGUUCUCUAUGAGGAAGUCACGUACAGCAAGCGCAAGAUAGCAGACUUCCUCUCAGCACUGGAAGGUUUCAAAACGAUGCAGGACAUCAUUUCUGUCUUUGCUUCAGUUUCAGGUGAAUUUCAUUCCACAUUGCUCCGUCAAAUUAUUGGCCUGAAUAGUGAAAAGGAUGGCCUCUUUCCCGACCUCUCUGGUGAACUCAAACGUUGGGACACUGCCUUUGACCACCAGAAAGCCCGUAAUACUGGAGUGAUAACCCCCAAAGCUGGCUUCGACCCCGAAUACGACCAGGCUCUGACUGGAAUGAAGAACUGUGAACAGGAGCUGCAGGAUUACCUGGACAGACAGAAGAAGAGACUUGGCUGUAAAAGCAUGUCUUACUGGGGUACUGGGAAAAACCGCUAUCAGAUGGAGGUUCCUGACAGCGUCUCAGAGAGGAAUGUCCCGGGGGAGUAUGAGUUGAAGUCUACAAAGAAGGGCUGUAAGCGUUAUGUGACAAAGGAAACAGAACGACUGUUCUCAGAGCUGCAAGGAUAUGAGGAGAAGAGAGAUGCUGCACUCAAAGACUGUAUGAGGAGGCUCUUCUAUAACUUUGACAAGAACUACAGAGAAUGGAAGACUGCUGUGGAGUGCAUGGCAGUGCUUGAUGUGCUGCUGGCCUUGUCCCGCUACAGCCAGGGCGGAGACGGCCCAAUGACCAGGCCACAGGUCGCACUCCCUGAGGAUGACAACCAGGUUGCACCCUUCAUUGACCUUACAGGAUCCCGCCACCCCUGUGUCACCAAGACAUUUUUUGGUGACGACUUCAUUCCUAAUGACAUAUUCAUUGGCACCAGUGAAAAUGGUGAGGAUGACAGUUGUGCCUCCUGUGUCCUUGUCACGGGGCCAAACAUGGGUGGAAAGUCUACUCUCAUGAGACAGUGUGGACUUGUGAUCAUUCUAGCCCAGCUGGGUUGCUACGUUCCAGCUGAGAGCCUCCGCUUCACUCCAGUUGACAGGGUCUUCACUCGGCUGGGAGCCUCAGAUCGUAUCAUGGCUGGAGAAAGCACCUUCUUUGUGGAGCUGAGUGAGACUGCCAGCAUCCUGCACCAUGCCACUAAACACUCGCUUGUGCUUCUGGAUGAAUUAGGAAGGGGCACAGCCACAUAUGAUGGCACAGCAAUCGCCAGCGCUGUUGUAAAGGAGCUUGCUGAGAAGAUCUGCUGUCGCACUCUCUUCUCUACACAUUACCACUCCCUGGUGGAGGACUAUGCCAACAACCCUGCUGUGCGUUUGGGCCACAUGGCAUGCAUGGUGGAGAAUGAGUGUGAGGAUCCAAGUCAAGAGACCAUUACAUUCCUCUACAAGUUCAUCACAGGUGCUUGUCCUAAGAGUUAUGGAUUCAAUGCUGCUCGACUCGCCAACCUACCAGAGGAAGUUAUCCAGUCAGGACACAGGAAGGCCCGAGAGUUUGAGAAAAGCACCAUCAGCCUCAGACUUUUCAAGAAGCUCUGCCAGUUUGCUGAAGAUGCCACAUUGGACAGCACCCAUUUUACUUCCCUCAUUCAGCUGCUCAACACUCUGUAAUCUGUUAAGAAAGCUCAUUGUAUUUUUGUUUCCUUGUUACUUGAAAAAACACUACUGUCAUGAUCUAAUAAAGUUUAUUUAAAAAAAAUGACAAUGUUUCAUCUAGGAAA